GCUUUUCCUGUGAUCAAACAGACUUCGACCCAUAUUGGGUCAGACCCAAUAUACCUAAUCGAUUCAGUCGUUUCUUUAUAUAUGGAUGUGAUUAUGGAAAACUAAUGGGUGUUUUGUUACUCGGUGAAUGAGUACUCGAUUUGGGUUUUUUUGAUAUUCUUUUUAGCUGACUAGGUUGACCCAAUUCGUUUGUUGUUUGAUGAUUGCGUGUUUAUCAGCAAAUCUGAGACAUAAAGUUUGGAAUUUUAAUUUGUGCCGAAUUUGCCAAUGUAAAUGAACUAGUAUAGAAACAGAAAAUGGAACUACAAUGUUCAAAUAAAUGUCAAAAAGAAGUAAUUUUGGACCCUGGGAUUUUUAGUAUAUUAUUAUUAGGUGUCUGUUGAAUCAUAAUUCUCAUUGAAAUUGUAGUGUCUAAAAAGUUUGGUCUUAUAACAGUGUAUGUUGAUGCACAUAUUGGAAUCAUAAUUUCCUAUUGAAAUUGUAGUGCGACUAAUGGAACUGUUGUUUGUUUUCUAGUAGGAGUUUGGGUUUUGGAACUAUGUUGAAGCAAGCAUAUCACAAGUUAUGUGCUCGUGAAGGUGAUAAAAUUAGGCUUUGUUUGUAUUCACAAACAAGAGGUAUUCACUAUGGCCAGCCUUCUUUGGGACCAAGAAGCUUUUUUGGGGUAGAGGAUUAUCUUGACGAUGACAAUAGCCGGCCAUACACAUACCAGAAGGAGAAGAAGUCGAAGAAUACAGACAAGCACGUAUCCUUCAAACAGCGUACAAUAGCUUACAUGGAGCCAUUUACACUUGACGUGUUCAUAUCUAAACGCUUUGUUUCGGCCUCGUUCACUCACAGGAUGACGAGCAAGCAAGUUGCGGUUGCUGGUACCAACUCCAAAGACAUCAAAGCCGCACUCAAGUCGCGAUCAGAUAUACCAGCCUGUUUGGCCGUAGGACAGAUUUUAGCAGAGAGAGCACGAGAAGCGGAUGUCUACACGGCUUCGUAUACUCCGAGGGAGAGGGAUAAGUUUGAAGGGAAGAUAAGAGUUGUUGUUCAGUCUCUCAUUGACAAUGGUAUUGAUGUUAAAAUUUAUCUUGAUUGAUUUUUUAUUUUUUUUUACUUUCCAAAACUCAAGUUAGGAUCUCUGUGUUUCUUUUUGAAGUGUUUUUAGUAACCCUUUCAAAGGUGAAAGUCCCUUUGGUCCUGUUGUAGUCUUUUGUAGAUCCUUGAUCAAUGAAACGAAGGAACACAUAUAUGCAUUCGUGAUCUUCUAUAAAUGUGAACUCUU